AUGACUUUUCCAAAACGGGUCAAUAUACUAUCUUGGGAAAUUAGAGAGAUAAGAGAGCGAGAGCGAGAGCGAGAGAAGAGAGAAGUUAGGUUUGCAAUGCAGAUUUCUAUCAAGACAUUAAAGGGAAAGAGCAUAAACCUAGAAGUGGAAGAUAGCUCCAACACUAUCGACGUUAAGAUCCAUGGGGAGCCGAUGAGUGAACUGGUUUUGCGACUGCGUCCUUCGGGUCGGGGUGAAGCAGCCAUGCGUAUUUUUGUAGCGACUCUCAGCGGCAGGUCCCAUACCCUUCAGGUUAAGGGAUCCGAUACCAUUGGAGAAGUCAAGACUAAAUUCUUUGAGAUUGAUGGCACUCCAGUAGACCAGCUGAGGAUAAUAUUUGCCGGCGUGGCUCUUCAGAACAGUCGGACAGUAGCUGAAUGCGGCAUCAGGCAUGAGUCGACCAUUCACUUGACCUACGAUCUUUGCGGUUGCUAAAAUCUCUCUCUCUUUUUUUUCAAUGUUCUUAUCAUAUUAUUCUAA